CAGAGGGUCAUGUUGUGAACCGCGAGUGGCCAGAGGAACGCGCGGGGGACUAACACUAGCCAUGCCAGAACCGGUGAAAAAGACAGUGUCAGCGUUUACCAAGAAACCAAAGACCCUAGAGGUGACAGCUGGGAGUCAGGCAGAGUUUGUGGCUGAAGUCGCCAAGGCAGAUGCUAAAGUGAAAUGGCAAAGAGAUGGCAAAGAUAUCCAGGCAGGUGAAAAGCACACUAUUACAUCGGAAGGCGUGCAGCACAAGCUGGUCGUGAACAAUGCAACGAAGGAGGACGAGGUGGCGUAUGCAGUCAUCAGUGGCACGUCUAAAAUCAAAUUUGAACUCAAGGUCAAGGAGGGAGAGGGUAAAGGAAAUCCAGCAGCUCCCGCCACACCAGCAGCUCCCACCACACCAGCAACUCCCGCCACACCAGCAGCUCCCGCUGCACCAGCAGAGGGAGAGGCAGAGGUCCCAGCCACUUCGUCCCGGCCAGCAGAAGGAACCCCUAGUACUCAGGUCGGCAAUGGUACCCAGGAAGAGAAGCCUCCAGAUUCUGCCACGGCGAGGAAGGACUCGGUGUGGUCCUCUGGAGAAGGGUCGACAGAGGAGGCCGAGAAACUGGACGAUACCAAUCGCUCAACUCUGUUUAUUGAGAAGCCACAGAGUGGGACUGUCGCUGUGGGUGGCGACAUCACCUUCGUGGCGAAGGUAGAAGCCAAGGAUCUACUGCGCAAGCCAAACGCCAAGUGGUUCAAGGGCAAAUGGCUGGACCUUGCCAGUAAGGCAGGCAAACACCUUCAACUGAAAGAAACCUUCGACAGAAUCACCAGGAUUCACACUUUUGAAAUGCAAAUUAUCAAAGCGAAGGAGAACUAUGCUGGAAAUUAUCGCUGUGAGGUGACCUGGAAGGACAAGUUUGACAGCUGUACCUUUGACCUGGAAGUCAAAGAAGCCCCAGAGGUUCAGCAGAUUGACAUCCGAGCUGCUUUUAAACGCAGGUCUGCGCCAGUAAGUGGUGCCGACGGUCAGGAUGAUGCGGGAGAACUUGAUUUCAGUGGGUUGCUGAAACACAGGGAAAUUAAGGAGGAGAGCACGGAGCCUGAUUUUGAUGUGUGGGAGCUGCUGAAGAACGCGCAGCCACACGAGUAUGAGAAGAUCGCCUUUGAGCACGGUAUCACUGACCUGAGGGGUCUGCUGAAGCGCUUGAAGAGAAUAAAGCGGGAAGAGAAGAAGAGUGCUGCAUUUGCAAAGAUCCUGGAUCCCGCGUAUCAGGUGGAAAAGGGCGACAAGAUACGGUUCGUGGUCGAUUUGGCAGAUCCAACUGUUGACUUGAAGUGGUAUCGCAAUGGGCAAGAGAUCCGGCCUGGUCCAAAGUACAUCUUUGAGCACAAGGGGACAUUACGCAUGCUGACGAUAAAGAACUGCACCAAGGCUGAUGAUGCAGCGUACCAGGUCUCGGCAGGUGAAGAGAAAUGUACCACAGAAUUGUUUGUUAAAGAACCUCCCAUUCUCAUCACUCGAGAGCUGGAGAACAUGAAUGAGCUGGUCGGAGACAGAGUGGAGCUGGAAUGUGAAGUGUCAGAGGAGAAUGCUCAGGUGAAAUGGUAUAAGAAUGGAGUUGAGCUUGGGCCCUCGGCAAAACUCCGGUUUAGGACUGAGGGGAUGAAACAUUGGCUGAUCAUCCCAGAGGCGUCCAAGGCAGAUUCGGGAACGUACAGCGUGAAGACCACAGGAGGGCAGUCCACAGCCACGCUAAAAGUUGAGAUGAGACCUCUCAAGAUCCUACAGAACCUAACAGACCAGGUGGUCCGCGCCGGCACCCAAGCUGUACUUCAGUGUGAAUUAUCCUUGCCCAACUUACCGGGGAAGUGGUACAAAAAUGGACAAGUCAUCUACCCGACUGACCAUGUGAAGAUCUACCAGAAGGGAAAAAUUCACAAGCUGGUGGUGGACAAGAUGGCUUUGGACGAUGAAGGGGAAUACACCUUUGUUCCUGAAGGCUACUCGACGCAUCUGGGAGCCAAACUCCGGAUGAUCGAUCCUCCCAAACUGCACCUGGACAGCCUGCUGAAAUCACCCGAGAUUGUGGUGGUGGCAGGGAACAAGCUACGCCUGGACAUUCCUGUCACGGGAGAACCAAUGCCAAAGGUCGUGUGGAUGAAAGGUGACAAAGCAAUCCUGGAGACGGGCAGCCGGGUAAGGGCAGAGUCCUACUCGGAUCACACCUCGAUGGUCAUUGACGUAGCUGAGAGAGACGACAGUGGCACCUACAAGAUCAUGGUGCAGAAUGAAGCAGGGGAGGACAGUGCCCAGCUGAAGAUAAAGGUUGUCGAUGUUCCAGAUGCCCCCGCAGCGCCAACUGUUACUGAGGUGGGAGGAGAUUGGUGCUCGAUGAUGUGGAACCCUCCGGAAUACGAUGGAAGCUCGCCAAUUUUAGGCUACAUCAUCGAGAGGAAGAAGAAACAAAGUUCCCGCUGGAUGAGACUCAACUUUGACCUCUGCAAAGAAAUGACCUUUGAACCCAAGAACAUGAUUGAAGGGAUUCCCUAUGAAGUGCGGAUCUUUGCCGUCAAUGCCAUCGGGAUGUCCAAGCCCAGCGAGCCGUCCAAGGCUUUUGUUCCCCUCGCACCCACCAGCGAGCCCACACUCCUCGCUUGCGACGGUGUGACGGAUAACAGCGUAUCGCUCAAGUGGCGGCCCCCCGAACGCAUCGGCGCAGCGGGUCUGGAUGGAUACCGCAUCGAGUACUGUAUGGAAGGAACGAAUGAGUGGGUCGUGGCAAACCAGGAGCUGACUGACAAAACCAAGUACACGAUAACCGGCCUCCCGACCAACGAGAAGAUCUACGUGAGAGUAAAGGCCGUGAAUGUGGCUGGGGAAAGCCCUCCCAUCAGUCUGUCCCAGGCUAUUCUCAUUAAGGAGGUGGUGGAACCUCCCAGGAUCCGCCUCCCACGGCAACUGAAACAAACAUAUAUUCGGAAAGUUGGAGACUCUCUGAACCUCCUGAUCCCUUUCCAGGGUAAGCCAAGGCCAAAGGUGUCCUGGAUAAAGGAUGGAGGCCCCUUGGAUCAAAGCACCAUCAGCAUCCGCAACACGGAAUCAGACACAGUGAUUUUCAUCCGCAGAGCUGAAAGGAAGCAUUCCGGCAAUUAUGAGCUGUCAGUGCAGGUGGAGAAGAUCGAGGACAAGGCCACGAUAGUCAUUCAGGUCGUAGAGAAACCUGGCGCCCCAGCUACUGUGAAAAUUGUCAGCGUAUGGGACACCAAUGUCGAGUUGGCAUGGACACCACCAAAAGAUGAUGGGAAUGCGGCUAUCACAGGCUACACAAUUCAGAAAGCUGAUAAAAAGACCAUGGACUGGUACACAGUGGUCGAACACUACCACAGAACUAACUGCUUCAUACCCGACCUCAUCGUGGGGAACGAGUACUACUUCAGAGUCUUUGCGGAGAACAUGUGCGGUCUGAGUGAUGAGGCCACCAUAACGAAGGACUGUGCUGUGAUUCAGAAGCAGGGCCUGGCGCUGAAGCCUCCUCAGUACAACAACUUUGACUUUCAAGAGGUGCCAAAGUUUACACACCCUCUUAUCAACACAAUCGCCGUGUCUGGAUAUAAUGCGACGCUGAACUGCAGCGUGAGAGGCAACCCUAAGCCUAAAAUAACCUGGAUGAAAAAUCGAAUAGUGAUCGAGAACAACCCUCGCUACCGAAUGUUCUCCAACCAGGGCGUCUGCACCCUGGAGAUUCGCAAGCCCAGCCCGUAUGAUGGAGGCCUGUACGCCUGUAAAGCCAUCAAUGACCUUGGGGAGGACGAAGUGGAGUGCAAAAUGGAAGUCAAAGUUGCGCAGUAAGGAUUUGUGGCUUCUAUAUGUUCAUCCAGGUGGUUUCCAGUUCCACGAGCUGAUGAUGCAAGGGAUGCCACUAAACAUUAUUGACCUGUAUGUGGGCACAACGAAAACUUUACCCCACAAAGAAUGAUGGUCGCCAUGGCAUAUGUUGUCGACUGCUUGUCCCUCUUCUCCAUUACAACGUGGUUGUAGCUUCUCAUUAGAGUUUGGCAGCGCUUUCAAUGUACACGGGCUUGCAAUGUCUUGGCUUUGAACUGUCAACACGCAGUUUAUACACUGGCCAGGAUCUUGAAACCUUUUAACAUAUCAGCUAAAUAUUGUCACAAAAUGAACAGAAGAUGCUGGAGGAACUCAGCAGGUCAGGCAGCAUCACUGGAGGGGAAUAAAGAGUCGGUGUUUUAGGACAAGACGCCUCAUUGGGCCAGGAAAGUCUUGGACUGAAAUGCCAACUCUUUUAUUCUUCUCCACGGAUGAAUCCUUCCAGCAUAUUACGUGUGUUACUCUGGAUUUCCAGCAUCUACCGAAUGAGGUAUUUUUUCAUGAGGGUGGACAGUGGGGGAAGGAAUUAGGUUUUGUUUCUAUAUCUGUAAUUUUCGACUCGGCCAUCAAUGAAAUAGCAAAGUUAAGUCUUGCAUGCUGAAUUGAAAGAUUGAGAUAAUGUCGCAAUGAUUUUACAGUCUUUUCAUUCAAAUUUAACCCAAAGCUAUAAAUAUUUGUAAGGUGUGUGCUAACAAAGUCUGUACAUUCAUAGGCUGCCUCUGUCAAAUAUGUUAGCUUGAGGAUUUCUUUGAGUCUGAAUAUCUGGUGUUACUGAUCCCACCUGAGUCUUUUGUUCAGGUGAACUAUCAUGAGAUGUUCACAUUCACUAGCUCCGCUGAAAUUCACAAACUGCUUUCAUACCGUGACCUCCUCUGCAGGUUCUGAACUGGAAUCCAAUGGGAAAAUAUUUCUCCUUAUCCAUGUUUUGUAAACCCCUCACUAUUUUAAAUAUUCUAUCUAAUCUCCUGUUGGCUAACAUGUCAACGAGUACCUUUGUCUAAACUGUUGUAAAGUGCUGUAAUAUCUUUAUUGCAUGAAAGCCGGCUUUGAA